AUGGCUUCUCCGCAAGGCUUCUGGUCAUUACGGCUUCUUUUCUGGGCCGCACUGGUGCUUGUAUUUUCUAUUUGCUACAACCAAUUUCUACAUACUAUCUUGUUCGUCACAUUUGGGAUAGGUCGUCAAAUCCAGCCAAUCGAGGAUUUUCCCUGGGCAUGUUCUCGAGUAUACCACCCUCUCCUAGAAGCAUGUGAGGAUAUGUGGUUAGAUCAUCAUGACCGAAAGCUUUACGCCGCAUGCACGACUGUCGAGUCCCGUCAGGGAUGGGUACCGGGGGCAAACAAGUACAAUGUUUCUGCACGAUCUUUGACUGAUCAUAUCGCGGUUUUCGAUAUCGACGAUCUGGACCCUGAAUCCGGUCUACUGAGCCCACGUCAGCUGAAAAUCAGUGACUAUCCGGGUUCAUUGGAUCUUCAUGGCUUUGACGUGCGCCAUCUGGAUUCUACAACGCGAUUCUGGCUGAUCAAUCAUAAGCCUCCUGUGGAUCCUGCAACGGGCGAAUUAUUAGAUGCAUGGACCUUUGGGGCGAAUUCAACUAUUGAGGUAUUUGACCUAGAUAAGGCCACUGAGACGCUCCAGUAUGUGAAGACCAUCGCCAGUGAUGCGCUCGUCUCGCCUAAUAACUUGGCCGUCGACGCCGACGGAGUUGGACUUGUAAUCACCAACGACCACAGCGGCAAAACGGGUACCUUCCGUGACUUUGAGCUUCUUUAUGGCUUAGGGAGUCUCGCUUACUGCCGCACUGAUGUGGGCGAAUGUCACAUUGCUGAUACAAAAGGGCGGAGCCCCAAUGGUAUUGCAAGAAGCCGUGACGGUCUCUAUUAUGUCUCACAGGCUUCAGCGGGCCUGCUGACUAUCCACCAGCUCCAAAAUGGGCAACUGAAACAAGUGGAUACCAUUCCAGUUGGAUAUGGAAUCGACAAUCUUUCAUUCGAUGAGGAUGGAAAUCUCAUUGCUGCUGCUGUUCCUGAUGCGAUAGCCAUUUUGAAGAAUUUCGAACAUCCUCACGACGUCGUCGCACCAUCGACAAUUCUCAGUAUCUCACCCAAGAGGGUUGAUGGAAAAUGGGAGAUUUCAAAGGCCAUCGAAGACUCACAGGGAGAGAAACUGCCCUUUUCAACAAUUGCGAUUCAUGACACGCAGAAAGGUCUUAUGUUUGCUGCGGGAUUAUUUGCGCCGUUCAUUACGAUUUGUGAGAAGCAAGAUAUCCCCCAAGUCUAA